AUUGUCGUUUGUUGAGAGAAGGUGUGUGCUCAAGGAGGAGUUUUAACCUGGAGGAUCAUUAACUCUUUUAGUCAGCUGAGGAGGUGCGGUGGCUCAGUGGCUCGGCGAGUUGGAGUUCGUCCUGGAAGCAUCUGCCCAGCAAGGUCAGGGAGGAGGUGUGGAAUAACUCUUUCAUGGGACACUUUGAGAAGGGCCAGCACGCUCUGCUCAAUGAAGGAGAAGAGAAUGAGAUGGAGAUAUUUGGCUAUCGGACUCAAGGCUGCCGGAAAAGUCUCUGCCUUGCCGGAUCCAUCUUCUCAUUUGGAAUCCUCCCCUUGGUGUUUUACUGGAGACCAGCGUGGCAUGUAUGGGCACAUUGUGUCCCAUGUUCCUUGCAAGAAGCAGACACUGUGUUGCUGAGGACAACAGAUGAAUUCCAAAUUUACUCUUGGAAAAAGGUGAUAUGGAUCUACCUGUCAGCAUUAAACAGCGCAUUUGGUCUCACUCCUGACCACCCUCUCAUUACAGAUGAGGAGUAUAUCAUAAGUAGAGCCAUAAGAAAGCCAGACCUAAAGGUGAGAUGCAUAAAAGUGCAGAAAAUAAGAUAUGUUUGGAACUACUUAGAAGGACAGUUCCAGAAAAUUGGCUCUUUGGAAGACUGGCUCAGUUCUGCCAAGAUACAUCAAAAAUUUGGAUCAGGCUUGACAAGAGAAGAACAAGAGAUUAGGAGGUUAAUAUGUGGGCCUAAUACUAUCGAUGUUGAAGUUACACCAGUUUGGAAACUGCUCAUCAAGGAGGUUCUAAAUCCAUUUUAUAUAUUUCAACUCUUCAGUGUCUGUUUGUGGUUUAGUGAAGACUAUAAGGAAUAUGCUUUUGCCAUCAUAAUCAUGUCCAUAAUUUCCAUAUCUUUGACAGUAUAUGAUCUCAGAGAGCAAUCUGUAAAACUCCACCAUCUAGUCGAGUCACAUAAUAGCAUUACAGUCUCUGUGUGUGGGAGAAAAGCUGGAGUUCAAGAGCUGGAAUCACACGUCCUGGUGCCUGGAGAUUUAUUAAUUUUGACAGGGAACAAAGUGCUAAUGCCAUGUGAUGCCAUUCUGAUUGAAGGCAGCUGUGUGGUGGAUGAAGGCCUGCUGACAGGAGAAAGUAUUCCAGUCACCAAAACUCCGUUACCCAAGAUGGAUAGCUCUGUGCCCUGGAAAACACAGAGUGAAGCAGAUUACAAACGGCAUGUCCUCUUCUGUGGAACAGAGGUUAUCCAGGCCAAGGCAGCUUGCUCUGGGACCGUGAGAGCAGUGGUACUGCAGACUGGAUUCAACACUGCAAAGGGAGACCUUGUGAGAUCCAUUCUCUACCCCAAGCCAAUGAAUUUUAAGUUGUACAGGGAUGCCAUCAGGUUCCUCCUGUGCCUUGUAGGAACAGCCACCAUUGGGAUGAUCUAUACUCUGUGUGUCUAUGUGCUUAGCGGGGAACCUCCAGAGGAGGUGGUGAGGAAAGCCCUUGACGUCAUCACAAUUGCAGUUCCUCCUGCUCUCCCUGCUGCUCUGACCACAGGCAUUAUCUAUGCCCAGAGGAGGCUGAAGAAGAGAGGCAUCUUCUGCAUUAGCCCCCAGAGGAUCAAUGUGUGUGGACAGUUAAACCUUGUCUGCUUUGACAAGACAGGCACCUUAACAAGGGAUGGCUUGGACCUCUGGGGAGUCGUGUCCUGUGAUAGGAAUGGCUUUCAGGAAGUUCACAGCUUUGCCUCAGGCCAGGCUGUGCCAUGGGGCCCAGUGUGUGCGGCGAUGGCCAGCUGCCACUCUCUGAUCCUUCUUGAUGGGACCAUCCAGGGAGACCCUCUGGACCUCAAAAUGUUUGAAGCCACCACCUGGGAAAUGGCUUUUUCUGGGGACGAUUUCCACAUCAAGGGAGUGCCGGCACAUGCCAUGGUGGUUAAGCCCUGCAGAACAGCCAGCCAGGUCCCAGUGGAAGGAAUCGCAAUCCUGCAUCAGUUCCCAUUCUCAUCAGCUCUGCAAAGAAUGACAGUCAUUGUCCAAGAGAUGGGAGGUGACAGACUGGCAUUCAUGAAAGGUGCACCAGAGAGGGUGGCCAGCUUUUGCCAACCUGAGACAGUACCCACUAGUUUUGCUAGUGAGCUUCAGAUUUACACGACACAGGGCUUUCGAGUCAUAGCACUGGCCUACAAGAAGCUGGAAAAUGGCCACCACACCACCGCCUUGACGAGGGAGACGGUCGAAUCAGACCUGAUAUUUCUGGGGCUGCUGAUCUUGGAGAAUCGAUUGAAGGAAGAGACAAAACCUGUCUUGGAAGAGCUCAUCUCAGCCCAGAUAAGGACUGUAAUGAUCACAGGUGACAAUCUUCAGACUGCAAUAACAGUGGCCAGAAAAUCUGGAAUGGUUUCUGAAAGCCAGAAAGUCAUUCUCAUUGAGGCAAAUGAAACCAACGGGUCCUCAUCAGCAUCUAUAUCUUGGACAUUAGUAGAAGAGAAGAAACACAUUACGUAUGGGAAUCAGGAUAAUUACAUUAACAUCAGGGAUGAAGUCUCUGAUAAUGGCAGAGAAGGAAGUUACCAUUUUGCCCUAACUGGAAAAUCCUUUCAUGUUAUAAGUCAACAUUUUAGCAGCCUACUGCCAAAGAUACUGAUCAAUGGGACCAUCUUUGCAAGAAUGUCUCCUGGGCAGAAGUCCAGUCUGGUGGAAGAAUUUCAGAAACUGGAUUACUUUGUAGGUAUGUGUGGUGACGGAGCCAAUGACUGUGGGGCUCUGAAAAUGGCUCAUGUGGGCAUCUCUUUAUCAGAGCAGGAGGCAUCUGUGGCCUCACCUUUCACUUCCAAAACUCCAAACAUUGAGUGCGUACCUCACCUUAUCAAGGAAGGACGUGCAGCUCUCGUUACCUCCUUUUGCAUGUUUAAGUACAUGGCCCUGUACAGCAUGAUUCAGUAUGUUGGUGUUCUGCUGCUCUACUGGGAGACAAACAGCCUUUCAAAUUACCAGUUUCUGUUCCAGGAUCUGGCCAUCACAACUCUUAUUGGUGUAACAACCUUAAGAAACCACUAUUCUGGUCGGGCGCUGUGGCUCAAGCCUGUAAUCCCAGCACUUUGGGAGGCCGAGACGGGCGGAUCACAAGUGAAUCUGAAUGGUGCCUACCCCAAGCUGGUGCCUUUCAGACCUGCAGGACGGCUGAUCUCUCCACCUCUGCUACUCUCUGUGAUUUUCAACAUUCUUCUCAGCCUGGCCAUGCAUAUUGCAGGAUUCAUCCUGGUUCAGAGGCAGCCUUGGUAUUCCAUGGAGAUACACAGUGCCUGUACAGUGCAAAAUGAAAGCAUCUCAGAAUUAACCAUGUCUCCAACUGCUCCAGAAAAAAUGGAAAGUAAUAGUGCCUUCACAAGUUUUGAGAACACUACGAUCUGGUUCUUGGGAACAAUCAACUGUAUCAUCGUGGCUCUUGUGUUCUCUAAAGGAAAACCAUUUAGACAGCCAACCUAUACAAACUAUAUAUUUGUCCUUGUGCUGAUAAUACAGCUUGGUGUAUGUCUAUUCAUUCUAUUUGCUGAUAUACCAGAAUUAUAUAGACGUUUGGAUCUGCUCUGCACUCCCAUCCUGUGGAGGGUCUCCAUUGUCAUCAUGCUCAGCUUGAAUUUCAUUGUGUCCCUUGUGGCCGAGGAGGCCAUUAUUGAAAAUCGAGCACUGUGGAUGAUGAUUAAAAGAUGUUUUGGCUAUCAGUCAAAAAGCCAGUAUCGGAUAUGGCAGAGGGAUUUGGCAAAUGACCCUAGUUGGCCCCCACUAAACCAAACCUCCCACUCUGACAUGCCUGAGUGUGGCAGAGGGGUGUCCUACAGCAAUCCAGUAUUUGAGAGCAAUGAAGAGCAACUUUGAAGGACAUGUAAUAUCCAAGGUGAUAUUACAGAGAAACAAUGACGAAAGGGACCAGUUUCAUUGAUUUUAAGAAAUGAGACUCUUGUAACAUCAGCUGGAGUUUUGGGGAUACCUGUCAAAUCAUGGUGACAAACUAAAGUCUGUUUGAUAAAAUACUUUCUACAGAGAAGAACAUCAGCCCAGAAGAGUGCUUUCCUCUUGGCUUGUGAAGGUACUGGAGGCAUUCAGUGAAGGCAAGAACGGGCCAAGAAUUGCUAUGGGCCAAGAGACAAGCAGGCUAAAGGGGAAAAAUAUGUGAUCUUUCUUCUUAGGACAGGACAAUACUUUCCUUUUUAUAAAAAUGAAUUAAGGGGAAGUAGUACUGUGUAUACUCAUGGAGUUGUAACAUGUUAAAGAGCAUUUUUGAAUUUUUACUUCAUCGAUGGAAAAACUAAUGCAUGGGAAACAUUACACCAGUCUUUACUGUCUGGGUUCCUUUCUUCUGUAGUGCUUUUCAGAGUUGAGGCUUUUUCUUCUGCUUCUGGCCUUACCCUACGUGUUAUUAAGGAUAAGCUCAGCCUAUGCUGCAAUAAAAAACACCUCUCAGAUA